UGUGUCGAGGCGUCGGGAGGGCCUAGGUCCGUGCGCGGCGCCCUUCGGCCGGCCUGAGCCCCAGAGUCAGCUCCCCUUGCUCGCCCAGCGCCCCCAGGCCGUUCCCGGGGCUCACGGAAUAGUACAGAAACAGAUAUCAGAAAACAUCUCCCAGGACAGAAAGGAGAGCACAGACCCUGUUUGGAUCAAGUCAGGUCCCUGAGCCUGAAUGAUGACUGCUGAGUCAAGGGAAGCCACUGGUCUGUCCCCCCACGCUGCCCAGGAGAAGGACGGCAUCGUGAUAGUGAAGGUCGAAGAGGAAGAUGAGGAAGAGCACAUGUGGGGGCAGGACGCCAGUCUGCAGGAGUCUCCUCCUCCCGACCCAGAGAUCUUCCGCCAGCGGUUCAGGCACUUCUGUUACCAGAACACUUUUGGGCCUCGAGAGGCCCUGAGUCGACUGAAGGAACUUUGUCACCAGUGGCUGCGACCAGAGAUAAACACCAAGGAGCAGAUCGUGGAGCUGCUGGUGCUGGAGCAGUUCCUUUCCAUUCUGCCCAAGGAGCUCCAGGUCUGGCUGCAGGAAUACCGUCCCGAUAGUGGGGAGGAGGCUGUGACCCUUCUGGAAGAUCUGGAGCUGGAUUUAUCAGGACAGCAGGUCCCAGGUCAAGUUCAUGGACCUGAGAUGCUCGCAAGGGGGAUGGUGCCUCUGGAUCCAGUACAGGAGUCCUCGAGCUUUGACUUUCCUCAUGAGGCCACCCAGUCCCAUUUCAAGCAUUCAUCUCGGAAACCCCGCCUCUUACAACCACGGGCUCUCCCUGCCACCCACGUUCCUGCCCCUCAUCACGAGGGGGGUCCCAGAGACCAGGCGAUGGCAUCUGCACUGUUCUCGGCAGAUUCCCAGGCAAUGGUGAAGAUCGAGGACAUGGCCGUGUCCCUCAUCCUGGAGGAAUGGGGAUGUCAGAACCUGGCUCGGAGGAAUCUGAAUAGGGACACCAGGCAGGAGAAUUAUGGGAACGUGAUUUCCCAGGGGUCUCGUCGUCCUGACGUCCUCAUCUAAAGCUAGCUAACCAGGUUCACCCUACCAUCCUCACGGAAGAGUCAUCGUGUGAAUUGGAGUAACAGUAUUAAAACGUCGUCACACAGUGACAGCAGUACUUACCCGCGGAGCCAUGUGUUUGUGGGUCCCACUCUGCACACCUUCUCAGAAAUGCUGAUGAGGGGGCUAUGGUUCCCCAGCUGGGAAACCACGUGAAGGUCUGCAGAUUGCAAAGUGAAACGUCGAAUCAGAGAAGAGGAAAUUAAGUGGUAUAAAUAGAUCUUUUCAUAGAAGUUAGAGUAGAUUUUUAUUUCAGCUACUACUGGAGAAUAUAAUAAAAAGUAUUAUUUGAAAAGUUUCCCUAACAUUUAGGUUUCGUUUUUAGAAUGGACACACUACUGUACAUUGAAAAGUAGUUACUUAUUUUGCUAUUCAAAUUAAUUUUUUAUUAUAUCUAAAAAUGAAAUUAUCUGUUUUACUUUUCAGAGCUUUGUAAAACAAACUUGAAGUUAUAGGGAGGUAAGCCAUCUCCAAUUCUGCAGGUCAAACAAAAGUUUGGGAACUAUUUUGGACAUCUCAUAAUACAGAAUGUCUUAACAUGAGAACUUAGUUUCAUAUUGUCUGGUUCUGUUUAACAGUGGAUACCACAAACCUCAUGUUUUUCUCUUAUUCUAAAACAGUGGAAGAAGGUAAAGAGUGGGCAUUAGGUUGACUUCUGAACAAUGGUCUGCUGUUAUUUUAACAGGUUUUUUGUUUUGUUUUUCUUUUAAUCGUUGAGAUUCUCACCUCCAUUUACUAAAGAAUCAUGACUCACUUCAAAUUACACAGUAAUCAGCAAAGUUAAUUGGUCUUAAAAUUAAAUUUUCUCCCUUCAGCAAGCACUCAUUAAGCAGUCAGGCUGAGUGCAUUAAGAUACAAAGAGUAAGUUCUGUGAGGGAUUGAAAGGUGAUGCUGAAACUGGGAUUUCAUUCCAGUUUCAGAUGCGGGUUUCAAGUUCCUUUGGUCCAGGGAAGGGACCGGGCAGCUGCCCGAGUCGCUGUUGUUUAGUCUCCCGACAAGGUCAGGUUUGCUAGGAAGGAGAGUGUGGGGGGAGGGUUGUAGGGGCCAGACUCCCAGCUGCGGAAGAGUGGUGAGGGAGCCCUGCGGAGGGAGAGGAGAGAGACUGCUGGGCGUGUGCUGGGGGCCAGUGCUCGCCUGCCUUCCCCACCCCCUACCCCCACUUCAGCCACUUGACAGAGUAAGGUUUUAUUCUGCCGAGCGAGGACAAAGCAUAUUAGAUUUAGACAUGCUUCUGCUGGUUGCAGGGGUUCUUACGUGAGAGGGCUGGGCAGGGGGAAGCAGGUUGUGACGACACAGGAAAAUCUUGUUCUAAAAAUCUAUGAGUUUAGGGGCAAGGGGCGGGAUAUGCAAGCAAAAUCAGCGAUUAUUUUAACAUGAACAUAAGUAUUUUUAUUAACUUUUAGUUAAAUAGAGGUUAUUACACCCAGGUCAACACGAUAAGCCUAAAUCUAUAUAGAGAGCUAACUCAGGCAUUGUCUUGUUUAUCUGUAGACUGGAUAAAACAAACCUUUCCUGUUUUGUCAGUUCCUAGUUUCUUAGAAUAAAUUAGACGAAAAGAAACUGACUUGUCUUUGUAUAUCCGCAGGAUUAAGUUAUUGCUGUUAAAACCUGGCCUUUUCAUUUCCCUGAUCUUUGAAGCGUCCAGAUGCUUGGUAGAUGUUCAGUGAAUGAUUUUUUAAUUGAAUUUGUUCAUUUAAAAUCCUCAUUAACAUUUCUAGAACGGCUUCUUUCAGUAAAUAAUGGAAUUUUAGAGGAAAAGGGUUUUUUUUUUUAAAGCUAGGAAACUCCUCCACUGAAAAUAGUCAUUUGAUUGAGCACUAAAGUUUCAGUCGUGAGAAAUGGCAGCAAAAUCAAUUGGUAACGCAUUUAUAGUCAGUGGUCCAUUUUAGGAGGCCGAUGGUGUCUGGCAAAUUUUAGAGUAGUGAGGUGGGGGAAGGAAAUUGUGGGGAUUUGUAAUAAAUAUUCUCUUUAUGUUGUUUAUCUUCAGGAUCAUGGUAAAACAAUAAAUUAUCAUCUCUAGGUGGCAA